AUGUCUACAACAGUAGAUCCCUUAUUUGGUCUGAUUCAAGUCUCUACAUCAAUUAAAAUAAAACGAUCUGAUGGUCGAGUACAUCUAGCUAAAGUAGUACAACUUUCACCAGAAUCAAAAUCUGUUGGUGUCGAAUGGAAUGAACAUGGUGAAGUAAAAGGAAAAGAAAUUUUACUUGAUCUUGUAUUUGAACUUAAUAAUGAAUUACGACCAAAUACAGUAUUUAAACAACCAUCAUCAGUUAAUAAUCAACAAGUUCGACCAACAGCAGCUGUUAAUCUUCCUGCUAGUGGUGUAUCAUCAAGUCGAUUAACAUUAGAUAUUGAUACAUUAGAACGUGAAUAUAAUUCCCGACCACCACCAACACUUCCAACACAUUUAUUACAAAAAAUUCAACAACAUCCAAUCUCGAUUCAAACAACUUCCACACCACUUCCUCCUCCACCAGCUAAUAACACUAAUACAACUACUACAACUCAACCCAAAACAAGUUAUCUACCAUCUGGUACAAAUCUUACAUCGGCUAUUCGUUCAAUUCGUCGUCCUGCGGCUGCUCCUCAGACAAGUUCAUCAGUAUCAAAAAUAGCUACACCUUCAUCUCCCAUUCCGACUUCAACGCCAAUUGUCGAACCACCACCACAACAACCUCAACCUCAAUUACAGAUUCCACCACCAACAAAUAAUAAAAUAGAACGUCGUCUUUCUCGUCUACAUGUUGUACAACAAUCAUCUUCAACAAAUAUACCAAAUACAAUUAUACCAACAAUUACAUCUGAACCACCAACUUCAAUUGGUUUACAUGGCCCAUUUGGACAAAUGAUUCUUGAUUAUCGUUCAACAUUAACUUAUUCUCCUAUACUAAAUUCAAAUCCUAAUCAACAACAAUCAAAUCAAAAAGAUUUACGUAUUUGUGUUGCUGUUCGAAAACGUCCAUUAAAUAAACGUGAAAUAGCUAAAAAAGAUAAUGAUGUUAUUACUAUUCCAAAUAAAGAUCAUUGUCUUGUUCAUGUACCAAAAUCAAAAGUUGAUUUAACUAAAUAUCUUGAUAAUCAAACAUUUAAAUUUGAUUAUACAUUUGAUGAAAAAUCUUCAAAUGAACUUAUUUAUCGUUAUACAGCUGCACCACUUAUUGAUACAAUUUUUAAUGGUGGUAAUGCAACAGUAUUUGCCUAUGGUCAAACAGGAUCCGGUAAAACAUUUACAAUGGGUGGUGAUUUACAAAUGGCAAAGACUGAUUAUUCACAUGGAAUUUAUGCUCAAACAGCACGUGAUAUAUUUCAACGUCUAUCAUUACCACAGCAUCGUUCAUCUAUUGAAAUCUUUGUUACAUUUUAUGAAAUAUAUUGUGGCAAAGUUUUUGAUUUACUUAAUAAUAAAAAACGUUUACGUGUAUUAGAAGAUCAGAAAGGUCUUGUUCAAGUAUGUGAUAGAAAAGAACAACAAGUUAAAUCUGUUCAAGAUGUAUUAAAUAUUAUUCAAAACGGUAUGAAUAUUCGAACAUCUGGCACAACAGCAGCAAAUGCUAAUUCAUCUCGAUCACAUGCUAUCCUUCAAAUUAUUCUAAAAACAUCAUCACCUGUGUCCGCCAAUACAAAUGCCCCAGCAUCAUCAUCAUCAUCAUCUCGUAAUAAUAAUCAUAACAAUCCAGCUGUACUUCGUCGAUUAAUGAAAGAAGUUGGUAAAAUGUCUUUAAUCGAUUUAGCUGGUUCGGAACGUGGUAAAGAUACAGCAAGUGGUGAUCGUCUUCAACGUAUGGAAGGUUCAGAAAUCAAUAAAUCCUUAUUAGCAUUAAAAGAAUGUAUUCGUGCAUUGGGUCGUGGUGAUGGUUGUCAUGUACCAUUUCGUGGUUCAACAUUAACAAAAGUAUUACGAGAUUCAUUUAUUGGUGAUAAAUCAAAAGUAUGUAUGAUUGCCAUGGUUUCACCAACACAUUCUGAUGUUGAAAAUACAAUGAAUACAUUACGUUAUGCUGAUCGAGUUAAAGAAUUACGAGCCGGAGAUAAUCGUGAUGUAAUAUUAAAUGAAGAUGAUGAAAGUAAAAUGGAUGGAAUAUCACAAGGUGUACCAAUUGAUGAUAAUAAAGAAAAUCGACGUCAUCAUCAUCAUUAUCCACCUCAUCAUGAUGGUUCAGCAUCAUCAAAUGAUAGUACAAGUUCAUCUUCAAAUGAUCUACAAGAUGAUGAAGACGAAGAAGAUGAUGAACAAAAUGAAGCAUUAGCUUCAUAUGCUGCUCAAGUUGAACAUUUACAAGAAUAUGAAGAAGCAUUAUUUGAUUCAUGUCAAGAUAUUUUAAUAAAUAAAGAACCAAUGUUAACAAAACAAUUACGUACAAUUGUUAAACAAGCACAAGAUACAGUUGAUUAUGAUCAAGAAAAAUUUGUUAAUGAUAUGCGUACAAAUUUAGAUCAACGACAACAAAUUUUAAAUGAAUUACAAACACGUUUACAAGCAUUUGCUGAUUGUCUUCAACAAGAAGAAGAAGUUGCUACUGCACAAAGAAAUAAAAAACAACAACAAUCAAAUGGAAAUACUAUGCAUUAA